AUUAUCUUUCUUCUUCAAGUUUUCACCUCAAAUAUCAGAUUUGCUUUAAUUAUAGCUCUGGUGCAUUCAGAUAAACAGAUAUGGAAUCCAUUGAGUUCUUUCAAGUUUUCAUCAUAAUCAUCAUACUUAUCAUGACUCUGUUCUACAUGUACUUCAGAUCAUUAACAUCUUCUUCUUCUUCUUCCACUUCUUCUGUUGCUGCUGUUGAUACUGAUAUCCCCCCUCUUCAAGAAAAGUAUGAUGUGUUUAUUAGCUUCAGAGGUGAGGACACCCGCCUUACUUUUACCAGCCAUCUUUAUGAUGCUUUAUGUAGGAAGAAAAUCGAAACCUACAUAGAUUACAGGCUUGUGAGAGGAGAUGAAAUUGCGCCCGCCCUCCUCGAAGCAAUCGAGAGAUCUACGAUUUCGGUAAUCAUUUUCUCAAAAAACUAUGCUUCUUCCACUUGGUGUCUAGAUGAACUCGUGCAUAUUCUAGAAUGCAAAGAAAAAAAAGGCCAGUUGGUUGUACCCAUUUUUUACGAUAUCAGUCCAUCAGAUGUACGAAAACAGAAGGGGAAUUAUGCGCUUGCAUUUCGUCAACUUGAAAAACGCUUCAAGGACAAUAUCGACAAGGUGCACAAGUGGAGGGAUGCGUUGACAAAAGCAGCCAAUCUAUCUGGGUUUGAUGAUUCAGAAAAAACAGAGUCUGAGGCUGCUUUAGUUAAGAAAGUUGUCGACGAUAUUUGGACAAAAUUGAUUCAUGAGUCAUUAUGUGAUAUAAAGGGCCUGGUUGGAAUCAAAAGCCGCAUCCAGCAAAUCGAAUCGUUAUUAUGCUUGGAUUCAGUAGGUGUUUGCUGUGUAGGUAUUUGGGGCAUGGGUGGUAUUGGCAAGACCACCCUUGCUGAUGCUGUAUUUCACAGGCACUCCUCUAAAUUUGAAGUUUGUUGUUUUCUUGCAAAUGUCAGGGAGAGAUCAGACAAAACGGAUGGACUAAAUGACUUGCGAAAUGCACUUGUUGGUGAGAUAUUAAAGGAUAAAGAUGUAAAUAUCAACACUCCGUCUAUACCAUCUCAUAUUCUAAUUAGGCUCAGGCGUACGAAGGUGCUCAUUGUUCUUGAUGAUGUGAAUGCUCGAAAACAACUAGAACAUCUUGUUGGUGAUGAUGAUCAGUUUUGCCAAGGAAGUCGAAUCAUUAUAACUGCUAGAGAUAAAGGCCUACUUGAGCAAAAAGUUGACCGUGAAAAGAUAUACAAUGUUGAGGGAUUAGGUUCUGAUGAGGCUCUUAGGCUCUUUCAUUCGCAUGCUUUUGGAAAUAAGUCUCCGACAACAGAUUACACUGAGUUGUCAAGAGAGGUGGUGGAUUAUAUUAAGGGCAUUCCAUUAGCUCUUAAAGUUAUGGGGUCCUCAUUCCGUCGUUGCAAGAGCAAACAAGAGUGGGAAUUUCAAUGGAAAAAAGUGAAACGAGUUCCAAUCGGAGAAAUCGAUCAAGUGUUGAGAGUAAGUUAUGAUGGAUUAGAUGACAAUGAGAAGGAGAUAUUUCUUGAUAUAGCAUGUUUUUAUAAAGGCUAUUUGAGGAAAGAUGUAGAAAGAAUGUUAGAUAGUUGUGAUUUCUUUGGGGAAGUGGGAAUCAAUGAUCUUAUUGAUAGGUCUCUCAUAUCAUUUUCACAAGAACGGAUAGAGAUGCAUGAUUUGGUGCAGGAAAUGGGUAGGGCAAUUGCUCGAAAACAAGGCAGUAGGUUGUUCAAUGCAGAUGAUGUCUAUAAAGCGUUGACAAAUAACCAGAGAGAUGGAGAUGUUCAAGCCAUAUGCCUUAACUGGUUUGAGAUUGGAAGGCUACACUUGGAGUCGGAACAUGUAAACUUCGAUAAGAUGUAUCGACUGAGAUUGCUAUCGACUGUCUGUACUGAUCGUCCAUUAACUAUUUCUUUUGAUCUUCCCAAUUCUCUUAGAUAUCUUGGAUGGAACAAAUAUCCUAUGGAAUCUUUGCCAUCAACAUUUUCUGCUCAAAAUCUUGUUGUCCUUGAAAUAACAACCAGCGAUGUUGUGGCGCAACUUUGGACUGAAGACCAGAGUCUUGUGAACUUAAAAUGGAUCAAUCUUCAUAAUUGCACACAUCUAACUGAAGUUCCAAAUCUCUCUCGGAGUCGAAAAAUUGAGCAUAUAAAUCUCUCUUCAUGUAUAAGUAUGGUUGAAAUUCCUUCGUAUUUUCAACAUCUUGAUAAGCUUACUCAUCUUGACCUUGGGGGGUGCAAGAAUAUCAAAAUUCUUCCCGAGAUGCCAUGCAAUCUUGAAUUCUUAAUAUUAACUGCGUCAGGAAUUGAGGAAUUGCCUUCAUCAGUUUGGUCUCAUGAAAAAAUAUCUCACUUAGAUAUUAAAUAUUGUAAACACCUUAAGAGUCUUCCAAGCAACACUUGUAAGCUGAAACUCUCGGGUUCUUUUAGUCUAGAGGACUGCGAAUCUCUUCGCGAGUUUUGGGAGCUUCCCAAGAAUACAACUGCAAUUAAUAUGGCCUCUUGUAUAAACCUUGUGAGUCUCCCAGCGAACAUUUGGAAGUUGAAAUCUCUGGAGAGGCUUGAUCUUAGUAAUUGCUCUAACUUUCAACACUUCCCAGAAAUCUCGGAGGCUAUGGAACAUCUGGAGUUUCUAAAUUUAUCAGGUACAACGGUUAAAGAGCUACACCCAUCAAUUGAAAAUCUAGUUGCGCUUCGAGAAUUAGAUCUCAGUUCUUGUGAGAACCUUGAGGUUGUCCCUGAUUACCUUUUUCGCUUAACCUCAUUACAAGAGUUAAAUCUCCAUUACUGCUCCAAAUUUCAAAACUUCCCAGAAAUCUCGGAGGUUAUGGAACAUCUAGAGUUUCUAAAUUUAUCAGGUACAGCGGUUAAAGAGCUACACCCAUCAAUUGAAAAUCUAGUUGCGCUUCGAAAAUUAGAUCUCAGUUGUUGCAACCUUGAGGUUGUCUCUGAUUACCUCUUUCGCUUAACCUCAUUACAAGAGUUAAAUCUGAGUUCGACCAAAAUUAAGAGCUUACCUGCAAGCAUCAAACAAGCUGCUCAGCUGUCUCGCCUGUGCCUAAGAAAUUGCAUGAGCCUUGAAUCUUUACCAGAGCUCCCCCCAUUGCUGCAACAUCUUGAAGCAGAUGUUUGCACGUCACUGAAGACAGUGUCAAGUUCAAGCACUGCAAUCACACAAGGUUGGGAAGAAUAUAUAUUUUCUAGAGGGCUUCAUGAGAAACAUAUAUUUUCUUAUUGCCCAAAGUUGGAUGAGAAUGCACGAAGCAACAUAAUGGGUGAUGCACAGCUCAGAAUUAUGCGAAUGGCAAUUGCGUCGUCAAAGUUUAAAGAAGACAAAAUUGAAGAAGCAUAUGAUUCCUAUUAUGCAAAUCAAUCAAAUAAGGAAUUUUUUGGCAAGAGAUCUUUGGUUGCCAUUAGUUGUUGGGGGUAUGAAAUUCCAGAUUGGUUCAGCCAUCAAAGUGAGGGGUCUUCAAUAAAAAUCAUGCUUCCUCGUGAUUGGUUUAGCACAGAUUUCUUGGGUUUCGCUCUAUCUCUUGUUCUUGGCCAUGGUCAUCGGCAUUGGUCUGUGGACAUUACAUGCAAAUACAACUUCAAAACUAGAUAA